GGAAGUGAAGUCAAAUUGCUUCCCGACACCCAAAAGAUGAGGUAGCAUAGUUCAAACCAGGAACCAUAUCAAACGUUAACUUAUUUCACAGAGAUUCAGGUUUCUUGAAGAACUAUGAAUCUUCCUAAGGGACCAGAUUCGCUUUGUUUUGACAAAGACGAAUUUAUGAAGGAUGACUUCGACGUGGACCGCUUCGUUUCGGAGUGUAGAAAACGCGUGUCUUUGGAGGAGAUGCGUGAAGACCUGGAGUUCUACUACAAGCUCCUCAAAACAGCAAUGGUUGAGCUCAUCAACAAAGACUAUGCAGACUUUGUCAACCUCUCCACCAACCUUGUUGGAAUGGAUAAAGCCCUAAACCAGCUGUCUGUACCUUUGGGCCAGUUAAGAGAAGAAGUGCUGAGCCUUAGGACAUCAGUCCAUGAAGUCAUUGAAGCCAUAGACACCCUGUUAUCCAAACAAGACGAUAUUCAAAGGAAAAAGAUGUGUGUGAUGAGACUCAUCCAAGUGGUGAGAUCAGUGGAGAAGAUAGAAAAGAUUCUCCACACUCAGAAUUCCAAAGACAACACCUCUCUUGAGACAAGCAGCCCUCUUGUAGCCGGGCAGAUUCUGGAGAGGAUUGCCACCGAGUUCAACCAGCUGCAGUUCCAUGCAGUCCAGAGCAAAGGCAUGCCUCUUUUGGACAAAGUGCGGCCGAGGAUAGCAGGCAUCACGGCCAUGCUCCAGCAGUCUCUGGAGGGACUCCUGAUUCAGGGGCUCCAGACCUCCAAUAUGGACAUCGUGCGCCACUGCCUGCGUACCUACGCCACCAUCGACAAGACCCGGGACGCAGAGACCCUGGUGGGACAGGUCAUGGUGAAGCCCUACAUGGACGAGAUCAUAAGUGAGCAGUUUGUGAAGUCCAGCCCCAGUGGCCUGCAGAUGAUGUACACCAAGCUGCUGGAGUUCGUGCCUCACCGCUGCAGGCUGCUCAGAGAGGUGACGGGAGGCGCCAUAUCCAGUGACAAAGCUGACAUUGUGCCUGGCUAUGACUUCCUGGUGAAUUCGGUAUGGCCUGAGAUGAUAAAGGCCAUUGAGGAGAGGCUCCCCUUUCUCUUCAAUCCUGGCAACCCGGACGUCUUCUAUGAGAGGUACGCCAUCACCAUGGACUUCGUGGGGAAGUUCGAGCGUCAGUGUGGCUCGCAGGCGAGCGUCAAACGACUGCGCGCGCACCCCUCCUACCAGACCUUCCACAACAAGUGGAACCUGCCCGUCUACUUCCAGCUCAGAUAUAAGGAAAUUGCCAGCAGUUUGGAGAACGCCAUUGCUGAUGGCCUGGAUGCUGCACCAGUUGGGAGUGUGUAUCACCUGCAGGUGUCUCAGGUGUUGUGGGGGUGUGUGUGUCGCUGCUGGGCAGAGAGGAUCUACCUGGCCCCACUGGCUCAUCGCUUCUGGAAGCUCACGCUACAGCUGCUCGCCCGCUAUGCCAAGUGUGUCACUGAGGUGCUGACCAAAACGCCCUCCACUGAAUCCCCCAAAGAUCCUGUGAGACCCCUGCCCAGCUCCGCCUCUUCCACGUCCAGCCGCACAUCUCAGGACGCGGACAGCGAGAGCGGCGGUCCGGCCGCCCUCUCCACCAAACAGCUGGUCUUCAUCGCAGCAGAUGUGGACAAACUCCAGGAACAGAUUCCACAAAUCUCUGAGAUGAUCAAAGAGAGACUUGAGGCCAUUGGGUUUAAAAAUAUCGCCAUCGUCUCAGAGGCCCUGGAGGACUCCAAAGCAUCUCUGUCCAGCUGUCUGCCCACCCUCAGUGCCCGCAUGACUCAGCAUCUGACUGAGCGAUGCUUCCGCUUCCUCAAAAGUGCCUCCGAAGUGCCCCGCCUCUACAGACGGACCAAUAAGGAAGUGCCCACGAGGGCGUCGGCCUACAUGGACAACGCUCUGCGGCCGCUGCACCAGCUGGUCAGCGACUCCAGGGACCUGGUGAAGGCGGCGCUCAUGCAGGACUGGCUACGAGUGACUCUGUCCGACUGCACCCACAGAUACUAUGAGACCAUCUCGGACGUGUUGAGCUCGGUGAGGAAGAUGGAGGAGAGUCUGAAGCGUCUGAAGCAGGCAAGGAAGACCACCGCGGCCAGCACCAGCGGCAACAACGGCGGGCCCAGCGACGACAGCAAGAUCCGCUUGCAGCUGGCCCUGGACGUGGAGUACCUGGGUGAACAGAUCCAGAAGAUGGGGCUGGAGCCCACUGAUAUCUCCAUGUUCUCCUCCCUGCUGGAUCUGGUGCGAGAGGCGAGAGACUUGGCUGCAGCUGAGUGAGGGAUCCCUAGCGGGGUCCUUUUUCUGCACUACUGCACUGGCACCAGAGGCGUCAGAGAGGUGCCUGAUCAAAAAUGCAAGGUCAUGGAGACCUGCACUCGAUCCUUGGGAGUAUGAUUUAGGCGAUGAAGCACACUACAGGACUGUCCUAUUCCCAAAUUGUUUUUUUAUUUUUAUUUAAAGAGUCUACAUUUUUUGUUUGUUUAUUUCUUUUUGCCACUGCAACAUGGUCACUUGAGAAAUUGAAGAACUAACAUCUGGCCAAAGUCCAGCUCCCUUUUUUUCCAGUGAACUCAACAAUACUGUGUCAGCACUACACUGCAUGUCACUGCAGUUUGUCUUCGGCACAACUGUCCCCAUGUCAGACCAGAUCUGUUUAGGGCCAAAGGUACAGAAGGCAUUAACUCUGACCAAACUACUAAAGAGCACCAGCCUUUGGCUUCAGGCUUAAGGCCGAUGCUGAAACAGGCUGGUAAUGCCAUUUGUAGCUCCUGUAGCUUCUUUGCCCAUAAGGGAGGCUAAUGUGAACUCACUGCACUGGAGAUCUGUAAGGUUUUAUAACCGUAACCGCUGAUUAUUUGUGCAAGCUUUUAUUUCUCUUGUUGAAGUGAGCCAGAUGGUGUUUAGCAGUGGCUCCCACUGUUACUACUGAAGCUUUCCAAAUGAAAGUGAAAUACAUUGGGUUGCUGAGAGGCGUAUUCUCAAAAGUCUGGGGAUGGGGUUCUGACUGAUAUUUCAUUGGUGAAGAAUGAAGAUUGUGUACAUUACAAAACGAAAGAUUAUGCCUUUAACAAUAAAAAUGUUUGCUACA